AUGGCGCUCUUCUCAGCACAGUCGUACAUGCUAGCCCGUGAGUAUUCCGCUCAUGUCAAAGACCGUCAAGUCCUAUCCGGGGAAAUGUUGCGUGAGUACGAUGAAAAGUUUGUCAUGCCACGUGCUAUGCCCCUUGUUCGAGAUGCAUCGACGAUGACAGAUGAAUAG